AUGGAGCACUUGUACCUCACCCUCCUCCUCGCCUUCGUCUCUUUCGUCUCCCUCUCCCUCUUCAUCAUCUUCUACAAGCACAGAUCUCCUUACGCCUACCCCAACUUACCUCCCGGAAAAAUUGGCCUCCCCUUCGUCGGCGAGUCUCUCGAGUUUCUCUCCACUGGCUGGAAAGGCCACCCUGAGAAAUUCAUUUUCGAUCGCAUCGCCAGAUACUCCUCCGUCAUUUUCAAAACCAAUCUUCUCGGAGAACCCGCCGCCGUCUUCUGCGGUGCAGCCUGCAACAAGUUCUUGUUCUCUAACGAGAACAAACUGGUGACCGCAUGGUGGCCAAACUCAGUCAACAAGAUCUUCCCCACGUCUCUUCAAACAUCAUCAAUAGAAGAAUCAAAGAAGAUGAGAAAACUCCUUCCUCAGUUUCUGAAACCGGAAGCUUUGCAGAGAUAUAUCGGGAUCAUGGAUGGAAUCGCCCAGCGGCAUUUUGAGUCCGGGUGGGAGAAUAAAGAAGAAGUUAAAGUUUUCCCUUUGGCGAAAAGCUAUACUUUCUGGAUUGCUUGUCGUUUGUUCAUGAGCAUUGAAGAUCCUAACCAUGUUGAGAGAUUUGCAGAGCCGUUUCAUCAUUUAGCUUCUGGGGUGAUUUCUAUUCCCAUUGAUUUGCCGGGAACGGCGUUUAAUCGAGGGAUUAAGGCGUCGAAUUUCAUUAGGAAGGAGCUGUUGAAGAUUAUCAAGCAGAGAAAGAUUGAUCUUGGAAACGGUAGCGCAUCACCGACUCAGGAUAUAUUGUCUCACAUGCUGUUGACGAGCGAUGAGAGUGGACAGUUCAUGAGCGAGCUGGACAUUGCUGAUAAGAUUCUUGGGUUGCUGAUCGGAGGACAUGACACGGCCAGUGCUGCUUGUACUUUUAUUGUCAAGUAUCUUGCUGAGCUUCCCCAUAUUUAUCAGAAAGUUUAUGAAGAGCAAAUGGAAAUAGCAAAAUCUAAAGCAGCUGGAGAGAUGUUGAACUGGGAUGACAUACAGAAGAUGAAAUAUUCAUGGAACGUUGCAUGUGAAGUUCUGAGACUUGCUCCACCUCUCCAAGGCGCAUUUAGACAAGCCCUAUAUGACUUCAUCUUCGACGGCUUCUCCAUUCCCAAGGGUUGGAAGUUAUACUGGAGUGCAAACUCUACACACAAAGAUCCAGAGUGCUUUCCAGAGCCAGAAAAAUUCGACCCAACAAGAUUUGAAGGCAAUGGUCCUGCACCCUACACCUUUGUUCCAUUCGGAGGAGGUCCAAGAAUGUGUCCUGGAAAAGAGUAUGCAAGGCUCGAGAUUUUGGUUUUCAUGCAUAAUGUCAUCAAGAGAUUUAAGUGGGAGAAAGUGUUGCCCGACGAGAAAAUUAUCGUCGAUCCAAUGCCAGUCCCUGCGAAGGGCCUUCCUGUUCGCCUUUACCCUCAUGCUCACGCUCUCUGAAUCCAUCCACCUAUCCUCCCA